UCAAAAAUUCAAAUAAAGCAGUAGCAGAUGAACUAGAGAGAAGCUUCAAUUCGAAUUUUUCGUGCUAGGGUUUUGAUUCCAUAGGAUCCUUACAUUUUCACCGGAGAUUUUCGAAUUCGCGGAGGUUGAGAUUUCAAAUUGGAGAGUUUUAAUCUUCGAAGUUCCGAAUUUGUUCUGAUUAUUCAAAUUCUUGAUUGCAGAUUUGUUUCAUUUGAAGGUUUUGGAUCAAAAUUUUGGGGAAAUUCCAGUUAUUAAGCUCGUUUGAAGGUUGAGAUGAGAUGCAAUGCUUGCUGGCGAGAAUUGGAAGGACAGGCCAUCACUACCACUUGUGGCCACAUCUUCUGUCAGAACGAUGCCAGUAAAAUUCUCAGCAGUGAUGCUGCUUGUCCUAUUUGUGAUCAAGUUCUCUCUAAAAGUCUCAUGAAACCUGUGGACGUCAAUCCGAGUGAUGAAUGGAUAAAUAUGGUCAUGGCUGGAAUUACACCCCAGAUAUUAAUGAAGAGUGCCUACCGAAGUGUGAUGUUCCACAUUGGGCAAAAGGAAUUGGAAAUGCAGUUCAAGAUGAACAAGAUAGUAGCUCAAUGCCGUCAGAAAUGUGAGAUGAUGCAGGAAAAAUUCUCUCAAAAGUUGGAGCAAGUGCAUACUGCAUACCAGAAGGUGGCUAAAAAGUGCCAAAUGUUGGAACAAGAGAUUGAGACGUUAUCUAAAGACAAGCAGGAACUCCAAGAAAAAUUUGCUGAGAAAUCCAGGCAAAAAAGAAAACUUGAUGAAAUGUACGAUCAGUUGAGAAAUGAAUACGAUUCAGUAAAGCGCACAGCCAUUCAGCCAAGUAAUUUCUUUUCAAGAGCAGAGCCUGAUUUGUUUGCAAAUCCAGCUAAUAUGAUGGACAACAGAGAUACUAUGAGAAAAGAUUGGUCGGUUCUCACUCCUGAAACUCCAGGACCAAGAGAAGACAUAUGGCCUCCAACAAGACAGAAUGGUUCCAACUCUGGCCCUUUCGAUGUCUCGAGUGGCUCCCCUGUUAGACAGUCAGCAGUACCAGUGGAUGCUGGAAACAGAAGAGCAGGUGCACAUCCUAUGCUUGGCGUUGCAACUGGCGCAAGCAAUCCCUCAAUGACCCUUAGGAACCUCAUCCUAUCACCAAUUAAGAGACCUCAACUCUCCCGCAACAGACCGCAGAUGUUCACGUUUUAAGUUGGGAGAUCUUUCAACUCCAAUAGUGCAGAGAAAAAUAUACCUGAGAUGCAACUAUGGACCAGGUUUCCUUAACAUUUUCAUUGGGAAAUUUUGCUGAGAAUUAAAGUGCCAGAUAUUGAAAUGCUUAGCUGACUUCUUUUGUGGUAGGAAAAGUAAAGAUGAUGUAGAGUAAUGUUUCAUAGUUUACAUACAUAUUGAUGAUGUGAUAUGCGUUACAGUUUAAUAGUUGCAGCUUUUCUUGCACUACUUAAGUGCAUAAAUAUGCCUCUUUUAUACUUGAGGAUUCAAAAAUUACAAGUACGGAAAAUGGAAACAGUGUCUUCCUUGUGCUGAAAAUUGGAGUACUCUUUAGAUUACAUGCUGCUGACCUAAAGUGUAUGCAAGAAUACAUGUCAUGUAUUGAUUGGAUUGAUGUAAAUAUCGGAUGUGGUAAAGUUCUUUGUGGCUUGAUAUACCACGUUUAACAGAGCAGACACAAUUAGAAUCAUCAAAAGUCCCUCUUUAAGGUACCUUACAAUUCCAAACCCUCAACCUUCAUAAAUCCAUGGAUUAAGCUACUGUUACUCCAGGAGCUUCAUAUAUUACUUACAUUUACGACAUAGGAGGGAGAGAUCAGUGGAUUUUAUAUGGACAAACCGAGAUCAUUUAUUGGAAGUUUCAAUUUGAUGGGAAGGACAACCCAAGACAACACAUAGCUCAUUUUGUGAGUUGAUUGCAGGUACUUAUGUUAAUAGUAGUGAUAAAGAAAUUAAAAAGAA